AUGGCUGCGGCCCUACGCACUGCGGGCGCCGUUCUCCGCGACUGGUGUAAGUGGCUGUCGCGGCCGCCUUGGGGCCGGGUCCCUGCGGCCGCGGACAGCUUGCUCCGGCCCGGCCCGGGGGCUUCUGGGAGCGGCGCCGGGACGGGGCGUCGCGGAGAAGGCCCGGAUGGGGCCUUCCCCUGGGAGGGUCGAGGAGCAGUGUUGUCCGGUGGCUCGAGGAUGCAGCAGCAGUGCAGGUGCCAGUUGGGGGGAACGGCAGCGGCAGCAACCACAGAAACAGCCCAACGGGUCAAAAGCACAAAACCUCAAGUUCAACCAGAGAAGAGGUAUGAGUCUAAUUUUAGUAAGCUGGCACCAAUCAUUGCCAAACGCCGAACCCCCAGAAUCCAAGAGCAGUAUCGGAAGAUUGGUGGUGGGUCCCCCAUCAAGAUGUGGACGUCCAAGCAAGGAGAAGGAAUGGUGGAGCUGCUGGACGAGUUGUCCCCCGACACAGCCCCUCACAAAUGCUAUAUUGGAUUUCGGUAUGUCCAUCCUUUAACAGAAGAAGCAAUUGAAGAGAUGGAGAGCGAUGGACUUGAAAGGGCAAUUGCCUUCACACAGUAUCCACAGUAUAGCUGCUCUACCACGGGCAGCAGCUUAAAUGCCAUUUACAGGCACUACAGUGGAGUGGGGAAGAAGCCCACAAUGAGGUGGAGCACUAUCGACAGGUGGCCCACACAUCCCCUCCUCAUUCAGUGUUUUGCAGACCACAUUCUCAAAGAACUGGACCAUUUUCCACUGGAGAAGAGAAGCGAGGUUGUCAUUCUUUUUUCCGCUCACUCACUGCCGAUGUCUGUGGUCAACAGAGGGGACCCCUAUCCUCAGGAGGUAGGAGCCACUGUCCAGAGAGUCAUGGAGAAGCUGGGCUACUCCAACCCUUACCGACUGGUGUGGCAGUCCAAGGUCGGGCCAGUGCCCUGGCUGGGCCCUCAAACAGAUGAGGCUAUCAGAGGGCUCUGUGAGAGGGGCAGGAGGAACAUCCUUUUGGUUCCGAUAGCGUUUACGAGCGAUCACAUCGAAACGCUAUAUGAGCUGGAUAUCGAGUACUCUCAAGUCCUAGCAAACCAGUGUGGAGUGGAAAAUAUCAGAAGAGCCGAGUCUCUGAACGGAAACCCACUGUUCUCUAAGGCCCUGGCCGACCUGGUGCUCACACACAUCCAGUCCAGCGAGCACUGCUCCAAGCAGUUGACACUGAGCUGCCCGCUCUGUGUGAAUCCCGUCUGCAGAGAUAUGAAGUCCUUCUUCACCAGCCAGCAGCUGUGA